AUGGCCAUGGCCACGUUUGGCCGGCUUGUGCUGCCCACCCAGACCCUUAUCUCGCGAGAUGACGCAUCCGAGAUCCUCGGCAGCAUCAGUAUGGCUGCCUUCCUGUGCCUUUUGCUGCCACAGCUUGCUGCGAACUAUAGGCUGAAGAGCGCCGAUAGCUUGUCCAUGGCUUUUCUCUUCAUCUGGCUCCUAGGUGACGUGACCAAUCUGUUGGGGGGACUGGCCAACCACAUUGCUCCGGCAAGCAUCGCCGUCACGGGCUACCUCUGCUUCUCGGAUACUACGCUCAUCUGCCAGUGUCUCUACUACAACUCUAAGCAAAGGACCCGCGACCCGCCGAAUUCAACGGCAUUGCCGGCUCAUGAUCGCCAACCGCUUCUAGGGCCCUCGCUAUCUGCUAGAGACCCGAGAACGUCCGGUGAACCUCAAGAUAUUGACAGCGAGUCGGCCAUCACGCUCCAAGAGGACAAGAAGAUUCUCGUGCAGGCGGUACGAACCUUUCAUGGCUGGCGUUUCAACUUGGCUUGCAUUCUUGCGGUACAGCUGCUUGGCGUUACCGGCUGGUUCGUGCUUCGUACGGUUGGUCUGCUUGGAGGUGAUAAGCCCCCUGGAAGCGUAAGCAUUACCGAUUCACAUUUACAAGGCAUCUCCGAGUCCGUCGGCUCGGCUCUUGGAGUUGUCGGGGCCGUCUGCUACCUUUGUGCUCGUAUACCCCAGAUCAUCAAGAACUACAGAGGGAAAUCGUGCGAGGCGUUAUCGCGUACAGGCAAGACAGAGAUUAUCUUCUCACAAGCCUACCAUGGCUGA